ACGCUCUUUCUCUAUCUCACCCUGGACUGUACAUACCGCGCGCAUUGCCUCUGGUCGUACCUCUCCAUCAGUCCGUCUAUCAGUUACCCCUCGAAUGUGCACUCCGACUCGCUGUGGUACCUUCUGACAUAUACGCAAGACAUGUCGAGGUGAUAGCAAGAGGCAAUCGGCCUGACGACAACCAUGUCCACAGUGGUGGUUUCUGAUAGGGAUGACCUGAUACGCCCUCCUCGCACUCUACAACCGCGCUUCAUUGAAGAAAACGAAGAGUUAUUCAACGAGCCCAUGUCGGACUACUUUGAAGACGCUGAAUUCUCCUCGACGACCACGUCCAAACUCGACUUUCGACCAGCUCUAGUGUCGCCUGUGUAUACCCCGACCUUGAGUAGUUUGUCGUCUGAGGUGACGUCCGAUGGGGAAGGCGAUGAGCUAGCUUUGCCCGCGUUUGAGGCAGAAUAUACAGAACAGGAAGAACAACAAAAAGAUAGCGGCCUGUCUACGCCAAAGACUACACAAGCAGCGGCACCGACUCCCACCGGAUUGGAUCCCUUGUUACGAACAUCGAGUGACGAUGCAUCGAUAGAGUCCGAGCCCGAGCGACAUGUCGAUUAUUUAUCUCACGACUGGAGAGAAGAAGAUAUCUGGACAUCAUGGCGUUAUGUCGUGGCUCGGAAGGACCGGUAUAGUAAUGGAGUCAGAUUAGAGAAUGCUUCAUGGCGGACAUGGGCUAAAAACAAAUACGGACUGCGGACAGUAUCACCCGAAACACUGAACUGGUUAAAGGACUGUGAUGUGACGUGGUUGUAUGGACCUCUGCAGACAGAUUUCAAAACACCAAAGCAAAAGCCUCCACCACCGAGUGGACUGUCAUCGACGAAUUCAUUCUUGGACCGAAAAUCCAUUUUGAAGAAAAAGACUGCUUCCGAAGCCAUCCUGCAGCGGUCGUUGUCACAACAUACUCUUUUGAAACACGCCGGUGCUAUAUUACAAGCACAAAAGGCGGAACAUUAUUCACGAGGCAAACCCGCGUUUGAACGGGCCACGUCUGAUAUGGGUGUUCCUUUGGCUCGCAUACCGGAAUAUUCAUUCAACAAUUCAUCAUCCGCCCACUGCACACCGUUAGAAUCAGCUUCGUCAGGGUUAGUUUCGCCGAGUGAAAAGCGUCAUAUCCACUUCAAUAAUGAAGUGGUGCAAUGCAUUGCCGUUGAAGCCAAGGAUUACGGAGAACACGAUGUUGAUCCGUCGUUGUUUUUCCUUGGAGAAGAGUACGACAAUGACUACGACGAGUAUGGAGACGAUGACUAUGAUCACCGCAAUAGCUAUUACAAUGAUGAUACUGCAGAUACAGAGUCUGACGAGGGAGUUGUCAUGAUGAAGCAGGUCAGUUCUCGAUCGUUCCCAGCCGGGACGACGACAUCAUCUACGUCGGUGUCGUAUAUCAGUAGUUCGCGGAGUACUCCAAGGAGUAGUACUAGUAGCGAAAGUAAGACGAUUGCGCCUUUGCCACCGACCACGUUGAAGUGUCGAUCAGAUACACCUGAAUUGCCGUGGAGCUCGGGUCAAGACGACACACGAAGCCCUAGUAGCAAGCUAUCUCCAACGCCAUCAGUAGAGACGUUACGGCCACCAAGACCAGAAGCUAAUUUCCUUCUUGACGAUGACGAUGACGAGCAAGAGCCAUACUGGAGCGCUAAAAACUCCCGACGACACACCUAUGACUCCUCGCACAAUCGACCCUGGUUCGUCAACCCCGAAGAUCGCCAAGAAUUGGAAUACAGCGAGGGCGUUGAGGACGACGCCAGCAAAAGCGGAAACCUCCAUCUUACGCCGUCUGGAAUGUUUAUGCCGUACGAAGAAGGCGAAGAAGCGUCGUAUACAGGAAUGUUUGGCCGGAUUGUCGAUACCGUCAAUACAGCCCGGGAUAUUGCGCAUGUUAUAUGGAAUGUUGGAUGGAGGAAGUAACCUCUAUCCUCUUUUAAUCUUAUUCGAUUCUUGUAUUUAUCUUACCUGCAAGUUUGUUGGCGGUUUUUUACAUCAGGCUGGAUCAAGUCAAGCGUUUAUCUUCUAUCAUUUCUUCAUUUGAGUUAUGACUUGAUGAUUUCUGCAAUAUUGAUAUACACUUAUUGGGUACUUGGGUAGAGGGAUAGGUAGUUUAAAUACAGGAGUUUGAUUUAUUUUCGUGAC